UAGAGAGAGAGAUAUAGAGGAUAAAGAUUUUGACACGAGAGAAUGAGCAAAGAAAAAGACAAAAACAGAGGAGCUUCUCCUUCAUCUUACGGCACGUUUCAAGGUGUCCCUACUUAUCCUCCUCCGCCGUAUCCUCAUCCUCCGUCGCAUCAUCCGGUCACCGGAUUUCCUCAGCCGUCUCCACCUCCCGGAGCAGCUCGUCACGAAAUUUCCGUUCAUCAAUACAUUCAAGAACAUCAAACCGUUCCCGGUUACCCUGUUUCUGAAGGAAUACCUGCAAGAGAAAACCGUCUUCCUUGUUGUGGUCUUGGCCUCGGUUGGUUCUUGUUCAUCAUUGGUUUUCUCCUUGGUGCAAUCCCAUGGUACAUAGGCGUAUUCAUUCUAGUGUGUGCUAGGAUCGAUCCUCGAGAGAAACCAGGAUACAUAGCUUGUACCAUCGCAGCUGUUGUUGCUACAGUUGCCAUAGUUCUUGGUGUCAUGGGUCGAAGAGGAGCCUGGUCGUGAAGUGUCGAAAUUAAAACAUUGUUCAUCAAGUAUCGGAGAAACUGUCUUUUUGUUGUUGUUGUUAUUAAUAGGAGUGAUUUAAGUGUGUGUGUGUGUGUGAUGUAAUGUAUCAAAAUUGAGCUGUGUUUGCAAUAAAAUCAACAGCUUGUUUUGACUUGACAAAAGAUUUGAAUAUAUAUAUAUAUAUCAUGGGGACAAUGAAUCUCAUAUUGA